UAUGGCUCAUAUUACGUUAAAACAUGCGUUGGUUAGUAUAAUUUUUGCAUUUGUAAUUUACAUAUUUAGCAUAAAUUAUCAAUUAACAAUAUCAAAUAUUCGGUUAAUAUAUAAACCAACAUUUUAUCAUGGUAAAGAAAUUAACAAAAAUUUCUUUGAAGGGUGGUAUUACAAAACAGUUACAAGUAACGCGAAAGAAUCUCUCAUAGUUAUACCAGGAAUUUAUAAGUCAACUUCACACAGUGAUGAGAAAUCUCAUGCUUUUGUUAUGGUAAUUCGUGGUGGAUAUGAGUGUUUAUAUUAUCGAUAUAAUAUUAGUGAAUUUAGCGUAGAGAAUGGUGAUUUUACGAUUAAAAUUGGGCAGAAUAAAUUUAAUGAAAAUAUUAUUGUAUUAAGUCUUUCUUCAACCAGAUUAGUUCCAUCGACAGAUAUUGAAUAUGAAUCGUACGUUAAUUUAGUGGUUAAAGAUUGGAAAAAAAUUUUAGGAAGAGAAUUAGAUCCUUCCUCCUUGAAAACAUCGAUUAUAAAACAUCCAUAUAUUCCAUAUUCUGUUCGUGGAUAUAUUUCUUUUAAUAAUACAACUCCAUAUCCUUUCACUUAUUCUUCUCCGACUGUUAUGGGUCCUUUCGCUUAUAUUCCUUUCUUGGAAUGUAAUCAUGGAGUUGUAAGCAUGUCUCAUAAAUCGUUUGGUAUGAUCGAAUUUGUUAAUAUGAUACAUAAUGGAAUUGUAGAAAAUAGAAUCGAUUUAGAAAAUGGUUUUGGUUAUAUUGAAAAAGAUUGGGGUGUAAAUUUUCCUAAAUCCUGGAUAUGGUCUCAAUCAAAUACGUUUAUCAAUGAAGUGAAAGAAGAUUUUAAAAGUUCUUCAAUAUUAGUUUCAGUUGCAGAUUUUCCUUUAAUAUCUCCUGAUAACCCAUUAUAUAAUGUCCCUUAUCUAAGAAAUUUCCUAUCAUUAUUUCGUCUCGCCGGUCGUAUAAUUGUUUUUUAUCACGCAAAAUCAGAUAUUACAUAUAAUUUUAGUACUUAUGAUUUUUUUUCUAAAAUUGUCAAUUUGGAAAUAACAAUGGAUGAUUUCGCUAAGCAAUAUGUUAAAUUACAUGUUGUUAAUACUGUAAAUGGAUUAAAUUUGGAAAUUGAUAUUAUGCGUAAGGUUGGAAGUGGUAUUCCUUUACGUGCUCCUAGUAAACAAUUUGGAAAAAUGGCUCUAACGAUUGAAGAAAGUUUGGAUGCCGAAUUACAUGUUAAGUUGUGGAAAUCUGGCGAAAAUUCUAAAGAAGUUAUAUUUAAUGAUAUAGCUGUUGCAGGUGGUUUAGAGAUUGUUGGUGAUGUGAUGCAACUUGUUAAUAAACUUACUACUCGCUAAAAUUGAUUUUUUCAAGGAUUCAUUUUUUAAAAAUAU